UGAAAGAGAGAAAGAAAGAAAGAAAGAAAGAGAGAAUGGCCACAAAUUUGGCAUCAACUUCCAGUCUCAGUCUCAGUCUCAAGAGUAGACGACCACCUCUCCUGGGUUCGUAUUCUGGGAAGAGGAAUUAUCGAUGUCACAGUAUGCAAUCUUCAAAGCUACAACUUAGUACAACCACCCCCGGAGAGUUUAAUCUAAUCCAACGGAGAGAUGCCAUUGCCUUCCUUUUUGGUUUUUCAAGCUGCCUUGUCCUGGACUCAUUUCAAGCCCAGGGAGCUGGGUUGCCCCCAGAAGAAAAGCCUCGACUUUGUGAUAAUUCUUGUGAACAACAGCUUGAAAAUGUCCCAAUGGUAACUACAGAGUCUGGUUUGCAGUAUAAGGAUAUUAAAGUCGGUCAAGGCCCCAGUCCACCUGUUGGUUUUCAGGUGGCGGCGAAUUAUGUCGCCAUGGUUCCGUCUGGACAAAUAUUUGACAGUUCAUUGGAGAAGGGUCAACUUUAUAUAUUUCGUGUUGGCUCUGGUCAGGUGAUCAAGGGACUUGACGAAGGGAUCUUGACCAUGAAAAUAGGAGGGAAGCGGCGGCUCUACAUCCCAGGAUCUUUGGCCUUUCCCAAGGGUCUCAAUUCAGCUCCAGGAAGACCAAGGGUGGCACCAAGUAGUCCAGUGGUUUUCGAUGUGAGUUUGGAAUACGUACCGGGACUUGAAAUUGAUGAAGAGUGAGAGAAUUGGUACAU